AUGACAUUACCAGAGGAUUGUUUAGUUCAAAUUUUUUCACAUUUAAAAAGAAAUGAUAUUGCAAAAAGUAAAUUAUAUCUUUCAAGACCUGCUAUUAAUCAAAUAACAAUUGUUGGUAAAAAUAGAGAUGAAAAAAUACAACUAGGUAGAGUAAGAUUUGGAAGAAUUGAUAAACCUAAGAAAAAAACUUAUGAAAUAUAUUUAGAAAAAAAAAAUAAAAUAAAUGGUAAAUCAAAAGUAUUAGAAAGUGUAUAUAAUGGUGAUGUAUAUGAAAAUUUAAAUAAAUUUAUGAAACAAUAUGUUAUAGGUGAAACAUUAAGACUUGAACAGGUUGACUUUGAUGAUAAAAUGUGUUCAAUAUUUUUUGAUAAAAGGACAGAUUUAAGUGAAAUUACUCAACUUGAUUUUACAUUAACAUCUUUGUUACUUGAAUCAACAAUGUUUACUAAUUUUUUAUCAAGAACAAAUUGCCAAAGAUUAAAUGUUGAAUUUUGUAGGAAUGCUGAAAAUAUUAUAACAGAUAAUCUUUUUACACUAUUGCCUUCUUUAGCACGACUACAAAUACAAUUGUCAAAUAAUUGUUAUUCUUUAUCAGUAACUGAUACUACACUACGUUACUGGAUGGAUGAAUGUCAUACUUUUCCAACAUAUAUAAAUUUUUCUAAUAGCCUAACAAAAUUUACCCUACCAACGAUAAUGGAGAUCACGGAAAAAUUACGAAUUCAAAAUACUCAACGUCAUAUAUUUUUAGGUGAAAUAACAACAUCAGAAAAAGAUUUUCAUACACUUUUUGAAAUGCCUUCAUCCAAAUUUCAAUUAUUAAAUUAUUCAACAGGACAAUUUUAUUUAUUUUUAAAAUUAGAUAAUUAUGAUAUUAAUGAAAAGAUAGAAAGUUUUGUGGGUCUAAAACUAAAAGUUUUAAAUAGUAAUAUCUCUAAUACUCUUUAA